AUGUGCACCCCGCCGCUGGAUCUAUCUUUUAAAGAUCUCAACACCACAAUAGUUGCGAUAUCAAAGGAGCCCACCCAAGGCCGGCAUCCUCUAACCAAGAAUUCAGACGGGAAAUAUGUGACUCGCUCGAUGCGUCUCCGCUACAACAACCUGGAUGACACCGUUGGUCUAGAGUUGGUGCUCACCUACUUCCUGGCUGAGCCAUACAACCUUGGCUGGCUCGAUCUCUCCUUCAACAAAUUAGCGUACAUAGACGAGUGUAUUUGUAAGCUGAAGGAGCUCCGCGUGUUGCACCUUCACAGCAACAAAAUCGAGACUCUGACGGAGGUCAACAAACUAGGAGAGUUGCAGCAUCUUCACACCAUCACGCUGCAUGGAAACCCCAUCAAAACCACCACCAGAGACUACAGGUGA